GGCGGUGGAACGAUCCGUGAAGCAGGCGGCGCGUUUGGAAGAAUGGAAGCUGCUCGUGAAGAAGAGUAUUUCUACAAGCUAGAAAGAGAGCAGGUGAAGAAGAUGAGACUCGAUUUGGAGCAUAAGCUGGAAGCGAAGAAAGAGUCAAAUCAACCACUUACUGAGGAGGAGGAAUUGACGCUGAAACAUCUCAGGGAACUGGCUUCCAUUAACAAAGGAAACAGGCCAUAA